AUGCGUUCUGCCGCUCUCCUUUCUCUGCUGCCAUUGGCACUUGCAGCACCUGCCACUCGUGCUCCUCUCUACACCCGAGAGGAGGCCAUUGAGGGCAAGUACAUUGUCAAGGUCAAGAACGGAGCCUCUGCAUCCAUCAACUCUGCCAUUGCCAGCAUUGCGUCCAAUGCCGACCAUGUGUACAAGAACCUGGGAGGAUUUUCGGCCAGCCUGACAUCCGAGGAGGUUGAGACUCUCCGCAACAACCCUGAUGUAAGUGACUUCUCCGAAGUAGAAUAUGGGCCAGAAACUGACAGCUGCCCCAAGAUUGAAUACAUCGAGCAAGAUCAGAAGGCCACCAUGUUCGCUACUCAAACUGGUGCUCCCUGGGGACUGGCUCGCCUCUCCAACAAGGAGCCCGGCUCCAGCACCUACACCUAUGAUGAUGCUGCUGGAGAGGGUACUUGUGUCUAUGUCCUCGACACUGGUAUAGAUACCGAGCUGAGCGAAUUCGGUGGACGUGCAUCCUGGGCUGGUGACUUCAUCGGCACAGGCAAGGAUGACCAAGGCCACGGCACUCACUGCGCCGGUACAGUCGGUUCCAGCACGUACGGUGUUGCAAAGAAGGCCAAGCUGUUCGCCAUCAAGGUGCUCGAUUUCGAGGGCAACGGUGAAUAUGCCCAAGUCAUUGCCGGCCUUGACAUGAUCGCCGACCAUGCGGCCACCCAAGACUGCCCUAAGGGUGUCGUCGCUUCCAUGUCUCUGGGCGGUCCCAAGUCGCAGGCCGUCAACGAUGCCGCAGCCAACGUCGUCAGCGCCGGAAUCUUCCUGGCCGUCGCUGCUGGCAACGGUAACCGAAUCACUCGCCUCCCCGAAGACGUCGCCCUUGUCUCGCCUGCCUCCGAGCCCUCCGCUUGCACUGUCGGCGCGAGCGAUAGCCAGGACCGCGUCGCCUCCUUCUCCAACUUUGGUGCCCUUCUUGAUGUGUAUGCGCCCGGUGUCGGUAUUAGGAGUCUUCAGCCCGGCGGCUCGACCUUGGAUGCUAACGGCACGUCGAUGGCUACUCCCCACGUCGCUGGCUUGGCCGCCUAUUACUUGAGUAUCGGGGCUACCCAGGCCGCCGGUGCGUGCAGCUAUAUCGUGGACCAAGGUCUGAAGGGCGUCAUCAGUGGUGUUCCUUCUGGCACCGCCAACGUUCUCGUCCAGAACGGCCAGGCCUAG